AUGGAUGGCAGAAGCCCAAAAGGUGUUCCAGCUGUUUUUGUGGCAGUGUGGGCGAUUGUCAGGGCGACAGUAGCAGAUGCAAGGUGUUGGGAGUUAAGUGCUGGCAAUAUUAAGUGGAUCUACCAGGUUCCCAUUCUGACAGCUAUUGGGCUCAACUUCAUCUUGUUUGUGAACAUCGUUCGAGUGUUGGCCACUAAAAUUCGAGAGACAAAUGCAGGGAGAUACGACACGAGGAAACAGUACAGGAAACUGGCGAAGUCCACCCUUGUGUUAGUACUGGUGUUUGGCAUACACUACAUCAUCUUUGUUGGGAUGCCUCAUACAUUUGAGGGGCCGAGCUGGGAGGUCCGCAUGUACUGUGAGCUGUUCUUCAACUCUUUUCAGGGUUUCUUUGUGUCCAUUAUCUAUUGCUACUGCAACGGAGAG